AUCCUCAGUUCAAAACCGAAUCCAAGUUUGUGUCUGCACCAUUCACUCUUUGCUCGCAUUUGGACGUGUCUAAAAUUAACUGGACUUUAUUUAACUGGAUCUGUUUUGCACAUGGAUAUUACUUUCGUGUUCUGGGACACAGCAGGGAUAUCUUCUCAUAGACUAGGGCUAAGCAUGAACGCGUGUGGACUAAAGAAAUCAGGGGUAUCCUAACAGUGUUGGGCUGUCUGUGUGCAGCGAUGCCUCCACAGGGUGUUGGGGAGUACAAACCCGUGUCAGGCUCUUCAGUGCCUCCGGUACCACCGCGCAGAUUUAGGAGUAAAGAUGUGGGCAGAAAGAGCCGCUGGGGCUCGGCGCCGGAGCGCAGGGUGAAGUGCGUGCUGGUCGGAGACGGAGCCGUUGGCAAAACAAGUCUGAUCAUCAGUUACACCACAAAUGGCUACCCCACGGAGUAUGUUCCAACGGCUUUUGAUAACUUUUCAGCGGUUGUCGCAGUUGAUGGCAAGCCUGUGAAACUCCAGCUGUGUGACACCGCAGGCCAGGAUGAGUUUGACAAACUGCGACCUCUGUGCUACACCAAUGCUGACGUCUUCCUGUUGUGCUUCAGUGUCGUCACACCAUCCUCGUUCCAGAAUGUCAGGGAAAAAUGGGUGCCUGAGAUCCGACGCCACUGUCCACGCACACCCAUCCUGCUAGUGGGCACACAGGCUGACCUCCGCCAAGACGUCAACAUUCUCAUCCAGCUGGCCAAGUACAAAGAGCGUCCAGUGGAGCCACAAGAGGCGUACACAUGUGCUGAGGAGGUGCAUGCUGUGUCUUAUAUGGAGUGCUCAGCACUUACCCAGAAGAACUUGAAAGAGGUGUUUGAUGCAGCGAUACUUGCCUGUAUUCAGAACAUGGACAGCCAGCAGCACAGGUUGAAGAAGCGGACACCUAAUAAGAUGAGGACACUGUCCAAGUCUUGGUGGAGGAAAUACUGCUGUUUGACAUGAAUAGACAAGAGGGAUAUUCACUCUUGGAGAAUUUCAGUUAAAACUGUUGGCUUGGGGGGUUCCUCAAGUAAUUUAUGAACAUAGAUUAAGAGUUUUACUGAAAUGUGAUGAUGAAACAGGGCAGAAGAAAAAGAAUGAAAUAAAAAUAUUUUAUAGACUGUAACUACACCAAUCCCUUCAUUACAGUGGAAAAUGCAAAACUGCCCUUUGAACCAAGUUGUGUCUUGUUUCACGUUCCUGCCCCAGCCACUGUUUUCCCUUUGUCUUAAAUACCCGAGAGCAAGGAGAAUUAAACAUGCAGUGUAGUAUUGCAAAGCAGAGCCAUAUAGAAUUCCCUUUUUCACUUGAUAAACUCAUAAAAUCAUUAUUGCGGAUGCAGGUAAUUUAAUAUUGGUAAAAUCGUAUGUAUCUGAAGUUACUUUUUCUGAAAUUCAGACUACUCAGCCUACACUGUGAAAUAACAAAGAUCACUUGGGUGGUCCAAGAUAGGGGACAAUAGUCCACCAAUAUUUAUGAUCUGUCCUUUUUACAACAUAAAAUUGUUUCUAAACUUAAUUGAAUUACAUAAACGAACAGCUUUCCUCAAGCUGGGAUAUUGCAAUUUUCUGUUGGCAAGCUGCCAAGACAUGCUUCACUCAAGGGUUACUAAAGGUUACAACCUUCUGGUAAAUCUGUCAAAACCAAAUUAAGAUGUUUAUUUAAAAGUCGAAUUAAUACUCUAGUUCAGUCUUAGUAUUCUGACAUCGGUUUGUUUUCGAUCUGUGAGGUUCUGUGAGGUUGAAGGACCUCACAGUUCAAAAUCAGCUGAAUGAACAAAGGGCUUGUUUACUUUAUGACUUCAUCCAGAGCUUCCAUUUAAAGCAUACCAUGAGUUCAUGGUCAGUAAGUGUGUAUUAACCAGGCCAGUUAAAAUUCGUGUAUGUUCUGCAUGUGCAACAUAAAAAAAACAAUGUUUGCUUUUUAUGUCA